AUGUCGCUGCACGCGUGCGCCAGCUCGGAGCCCGAGAAGUGCGUUGGCGACGAGUGCGCCAGGAAGUGCGACUCCAUGGGCUGCCAGUUCGACCCGCUCGCGCUGGGGGCCAUGGACUUCUUCGGCCCGGGCGCGCGGGUGGACUCCUCGAAGCCCAUCACGGUGCACUCCCGUGUCGGACGGGGUCGGCGGAUCACCGAGGACGGCACCGACACUGGCAAGCUCUCCAAGGUGCGCCGAUUCUACACGCAGAACGGCCAGACGAUCGAGAACGCCAAGCCGGACGCGAGCACGUUCCCGACCCUGCUCUCUAGCAAUUCCGUCACCGACGAGUUCUGCGCCGCCCAGAAGGAGCUGCAGGGAACCAGCGCCGGCGAGGGGUACCUCGGGAGACCCCGCUCAGCGCCGCACUGGACAACGGCGUGGUGCUCACCGCCGCCGUCUUCGAGACCGAGUCCCCCGCGGGGCCUUGCAAGGGCGCCGAUGCCAGUGCGGCGAGCAACGCCUCCGUGUCGUUCUUCAACAUCAUGUACGGGGACCCCCGAGAUCACCUCGACUUGCCCCACCUGCGACGACCAGGUGACGCGAGAGGCCCGCGGCAACGACGAGGAGGAGUCCGAGCAGGUUGUGGUGGCCGACGCGGCCAAGAAAGCGGCGCCCAAGCCGUUUGUUCAGACGGACGCCUUCCGCUACAUCAUGUACGGCGCAGGCAUCCUCACCCUCGGCCUCGUGGGCUCGACGUGCGCCUCGGGCAAGAGCGCGGGCUUCCGGCCCCCGGCAGGCAACCCUCGCGGCAGGCGCUAG